AUGAACGCAGAGCUGUUGGAGAGGAAUUUUGGAGUGCAGUUUCCCGAAGAACUUGAUGGUACUCUGGAUCUACAGGUAUGCGUUAUUAUUGUUAUCCACCAGCUCAAGACAUUGGUGAUAGCUGAUACCUCCCAAUCCAACUUCCUUCUACUUCAGACGUGGACAGCUCACGCCUUGCCCAUUUCCUCACUUUCGUGGUCACGGGACGGCCGAAAACUGCUUACAUCUUCGGCUGAUACUACUGUCGCAGUAUGGAACGUCAUUGAGGGAGCCUGCAUGUACAGGUUGAAGUAUUCGGCUAUGGUCACUUCUGCCGUGUUCAACCCCAGGAACGACAACCAAGUUCUGGUUCUACAACUUAACUAUCCUCCAUGCCUUGAUGAACUCGAGCCACGGUCUCAGCGAAUAAUUACCAACGAUAUCCCAGGCGCUGUGGAAGAUGGCGUUUCUGCCAUCGCGUUUGAUCGCAGAGCAAACUACCUCAUCACCGGUACAAAUAAAGGGAAGCUUGUUGUGUACAAUGCAAAGACUUUGAAGAUGGUGUCGUGGGGAAGGCAGAACAGUGUUCAGCAGGUUAAACAAAUAGUCAUUCCGAGAAGGGGAAAUUUUAUUAUAACAAACUCUCAAGAUCGGAUUAUACGCACAUUUGAUUUGAAUGACAUACUGGACUGCCAAAAUGGUUCCACAAUUGAGCCAAAGCAUCGUGUCACCGACAUUGUCAACAAGGCUUCCUGGAAAGCUGUUUGCACAGAUAGCGAAGGUUAUUAUAUAUGUGGUGCGAGCACAAAAGCUCACUCUCUGUAUGUUUGGGAACGAACUACGGGCACACUAAUCAAGAUAUUGCACGGAACUAAGGGGGAAUGUUUGAUGGAUGUUCAGUGGCAUCCUAUACGCCCAGUUAUACUAUCGGUUGCUAAUGGCAUAGUAUCUGUUUGGACACAGGCUCACGUCGAAAAUUGGUCUGCUUUCGCACCUGAGUUCACUGAGCUAGAGGAAAAUGCUAAGUAUGAAGAGAAAGAAGGCGAGUUCGAUCUGGAAGAUGAAGAUGCCGAAGUUGAUGAUAAAGCAAAUUCUCAGGAUUCUGACGAGGAGAUCAUCGACAUAGAGUCCUUGAAACCGAAUGAAAUACUUUGCAGUUCGGAUGAGGAAGACAACAUAAAUGCUUUGUUACCUGAUGUGACGCUCAAAACUGGUCCGCUUUGGUUCUUACCAAUUACACCAGAAUGUGACUCCAACGAAACUUUACCGCUACCUGGAGGACAAUUUACAGGUGCUUUUCAACAGAUAAAAAUAUCGGUGGAAAUUGUGUUCAGUGAAUUGCUGAGUUACUGGUCGUGUCUUUCCACUUUUAUAUGGUCUUUAGUAUUGUAA